GACUCGGAUCGCCCUAAUCACCCGUGCCUCCGACUCGAUAUCCUUCACAGUGGCGACGCAUCUCUUCAAUAAAAAUGAGACGGCACACAACGACCUUCCACGCAGCGUACCUCCAUUAGUUGUUUAUGGUAUGUUGCGCCGAUGGUCAACCGGUCCACUGAUUGGCUACAUUCCAGGACGACCGACAAUAAGGCCACCAUGCUUAGGGAUCAGACCCUUCACUGAGUGGUCGGUGUUACCUGUGCGCAUGGGCGUCGAACUCUAUCCAACGUUUACUAGAUAAGUCCGGCUGCACGUAUUGUCUUUACUCCCGUACGCCGUCGUCUUCCACCGUCCACCGAUACUUCUUUCCCAGAGCUCUUCGGAAAAACUCCAACUCGGUGGCCCUACUCAUAAGCGCACUUGACAGCUGUAACCGCCUCAUAUACGCACAUGGUGCCGUCUCCGAGAGCCCGUUCGCCACCUCUGUCUGCGCCGAGCUAUCCAAGAAUCCAAGACCCCGCGCGGACUUCUCAGUGUACGAGCAUGCCUUCGAAGCCAAGUCUGGUACGUCCUGGUGUAUCUCCCAUUGAGUUCUAUCACGACCCGGCCCAUCGCUGCUCACCACAGAGUUGGGCCACAAUCGCAGCAACAGCAGCGUAUCCUUCAAUUUCUCACCGCGGUGAUGACAGCGUCGACCCACCGAGUAGCCUGUAUUCAAGCUCGAGCAUCAGUAAUCCAGCCGAACUCGCCGUAGAGUGUCCUGAUUCCUCGAACGGGCGAACGCCACAUGUUUCACGACUCCUCCACGUACCCGGUGUACUCGCAUGGGUCGUCGGAGGCGCCGCGUUCCUGGGCUUCGUCGGGAUGUCGCUCGGCCAAACCGUCCGCCGUAGAACUCAUACCUGCCUCCCCGAAAGUGAACUGAAUAUCCAAUGCGCGAGGCGGGUAGGAGCUGCAGGUGCAGCGGUGUUGAGCCUGCCUCUCUACGCGACCUACCUAUCCGUCUCUCGUGCGUUAGCGAGGCGGGCGCCACACCCGCUCGUUCGCCGCUGGCCACUGAGCAGUGCAUGCUUACUGCAGGUCUGCAAGACUCUUCUCUUCGUCUCGUAUGGUGCGGCAUCCGGCGCGGCUGGGUGGGCGAUUCUCAGAGCGACAUGGAGUCGUGGGUGCGAUAUGUCGGAUAUCGCUCGUGCGGCGGGGAUUGGUGCGCUAGGCUGGUUCCUACUUUCGCUCGUCUGCGUCGUCUGUGAGAAUGUACCGGUUGGCCUGAGUGUAGCAGAGUAAUAUGAAUGAUACUUGCGGAGUGCACGACUGGGCUUAGAACCAUGAAGACGACGGAUAUACAAGCCAUGACGAAACUACGGACGAUAGGCUUGAUCUUUGGCCAGGAGAAGUUGGCUGGGAUCCACGC